AUUUAGUGAAUUGCCUAGAAUUUCAAAGGCUUAUCCAUUGACGAAGUGCAGAAGAUAAUCUUUAAUUUCCUUUUUGUUUUGGUGCUUCAAGAAUUGGCUCAUCUCCUAAAAAUCCAUGUUUUUUUGAGGCAUUGGUGGCAGAAUAUAUGCUACUAGCUUUCUCUUUCACCAUGUUCUAAGGAAUUAGUGGCAGAUGGUUAUGUGCUUUCGUUUUCAACAGUAUUUUGAGUCCUGCUCUCUGCUCUCUGCUGCCAAUAGCCUAAUCUUGAUAUAUAAACCUACAGAGAGGAUUAGGGUUUUUCGACCGUUGCUGCUUAAUUCUCUCUAUGCUUUGGGAGUAUUGAUUUUGAUGAUUGCUUUCCUACUGUCUAUUGCUUUCUCUGUGUCAACUUGAUGAGUUAAGUGAUGCGUACACUAAUAUUGGAAUCUUUUUAUGAUGGCGACUGCACUGGUUGUAUUUCUCUCCUUUCUCCUCUUUUCCUUCCAAACCCCUGCCCCGGUACAGAAAGUAAACAACGAUAAUUUGCCUUUCCUCUUCUGGGGUGCAGAAGUUGAAAAUUACUUAUAUAGGAGUUGAGCUUAUUGAAUUAAAAUCUGGAGAACUUCGUUGGUGCUUGGACUUCAGAGAUAUGGGCUCUCCUGCAAUUAUCCUACUAUCUGACCCUUAUGGCAAGAAAAAUACAGAUCACGGAGGUUUUGUUCUUUGCUCGCUCUAUGGAAGAAAAUCUAAAGCUUUCCAAGCUACUUCGGGAACUACAAAUGCUGCCAUCAUAUCAAAUUUGACUAAAACCGCGACAUCCAUGGUGGGUGUGGGAUUAACUGUUGACAGUUCUCAUGCUCUGGCUGUAUCUGAGUACAUAAAUAGGAGAGCUAAGGAGGCUGUUGGGCAGAUGAAACUCCUUGUGGAGCUUGGUUAAUAACAAGAUUGCGCUCUGCUGCUCGGGGAACUCUGAAUACUCCAGGAGUAAGUUUGUCUAUUGGCCCAAAAGGGGGCCUCGGAGAACAUGGUGAUGCGGUAUCUCGUCAACUCAUUCUCACAAAGGUCUCACCUGUGGAAAGACGACCCCGAGAACUAUGAAGCUAUGCUCUCUGGAGAACCUAGUGUUGUAGAAGGUGCUGCUGCUUUGUUGAAGGCCAUUGUUACUAGGAAUCUCAAGGCAAUGAUAAAAUUAUAUAGCACUGGAGCCUUUUACUUUGCUCUAGCUUAUCCUGGAUCAAAUCUCCUCUCAAUUGCUCAGCUGUUCUCAGUGACACAUGUUCAUCAAGCAUUUCAUGGAGGGGAAGAAGCUGCCGUCUCCUCUUCUUUGCCUUUGGUAAAACGCAGUGUUUUGUGUGGGCUUUUACCUGAGGCCUUGCUCUAUGUUCUGGAACGUAGCAGUUCUGCUGCAUUUGCAGCAGCAAUGGUUUCUGAUUCUGACACUCCUGAGAUUAUCUGGACACACAAGAUGAGAGCUGAAAAUCUUAUCCGUCAGGUCCUUCAGCAUCUUGGUGAUUUUACACAGAAGUUGUCACAACAUUGUCAUUCUUUGUAUGAAUAUGCUCCUAUGCCACCUGUGACAUAUCCAGAGCUGAGGGAUGAGAUGUGGUGCCACCGUUAUUACCUUCGUAAUUUGUGUGAUGAAGUUCGCUUUCCUAAUUGGCCAAUUGUUGAACACAUCGAAUUCUUGCAAUCACUGCUGGUUAUGUGGCGAGAAGAGUUAACUCGGAGACCCAUGGAUCUUUCUGAAGAAGAGGCUUGCAAAAUAUUGGAGAUUUCCUUGGAUGAGGUGUCAAGAGAUGAUGCUCCCAAAAGACAAUCAGAGGAGACAGUUAAUAUAUCUAAGCAGAUUGAGAACAUUGAUGAAGAAAAGCUCAAGCGACAAUAUCGAAAACUUGCAAUGAAGUAUCAUCCAGACAAAAAUCCGGAGGGGAGGGACAAGUUUCUGGCAGUGCAGAAAGCUUACGAACGGCUGCAGGUUUUGCAUGCUUUUGCCGCAGAAGGGGCCCAUUGUACUAAAGUUCGUGAGAUACUAAAUGCUUCCGAUGUUUGGACUGCUUAUAAAGAUCAGAGACAUGAUCUAUUCCUCCCUUCAAAUGCCCAAUCUGCAGCUGCAGGAGUUGCUGGUUUGGUUGAAAAUUCUUCAUCCAGAUUGACGUAUGCACUGACAGCUCCUCCAACGCAAUCUGGUCUAGCAAAACCUCCUGUUGUGACAACAGCUGAAUCAAAUGGCAAGCAGGAUCAAGGUUCAUAAGAUGAAAAGUUAGCCAUGAUACAUACAUCUGAUGAAACGUUUCGGCCAUAAAAUUAUGCUGCUCCUCUUGUUGUCACUUGACAGGCAUGCAUUGUCCUUCAAUAAGUAGAAGGAUUUAUUAUUACUUUUAUCAAAAAAAACUUCAUGAUGUGAUGCUCUCCCCCCCCCCCCCCCUUCUUUUUUUUUUCUGCAUCCUGUGUACAGUUUCUUCCCAUCCCUUCUUGCUUGCUCUUAUUUUGGUGUUGUGGAAUUCCAGAAGAGGUCAAAUUAAAAGCAGCUGUACAUGAUUAUACAAUGUAUAAGACUAGCAAACCAUCCUGUAAAUUUAUAGUACUAGUAGAGUUCAUUUUGGUGAGGCUUUGUAGUUCUCAAUUGUUUUACUCCUGAGCUCAUUCCCAGACCUUUUCAAGUUAAACAUAAACAUAAAAUUUAUGCCUUCCGCUGAGUUAUCAUGGUUGUAAAUAACUCCAACUUUAUAUUUGAGUUUACACUUUUAGUGACAUUAUUGUGGUUCUGCGUUA